AUGCCACACCAUUCCACUGUAUUAGCACCACUGAAUAAUCUGCUUAAGAAGAAUGUACCUUGGAAGUGGACUAAAUCAGAAGACGCAGCUUUCACAGCAGCUAAAAAUCUUUUACUAAAUUCGAGAACACUAGUACAUUAUAAUGAAUCAUUGCCUCUUGUUCUAUCAUGUGAUGCUUCUUCUUAUGGUGCAGGAGCAGUAUUGUCACAUGUCAUUAAUGGGAAACACCAACCGAUAGCAUUUGCAUCAUGUACAUUAACUGAGGCCCAGCUUAAACGAUUUCAUCAAUAUCUCUGUGGUAAUUCAUUUACUAUCCUAACUGAUCAUCGCCCACUCCUUACAUUGUUGGGACCACAUUCUUCUGUUCCAGCCCACACGGCUUCACGACUACAAAGAUGGGCACUUACCCUAGCCUCAUACCAUUACAAGAUUGAGUACCGAAGUACAACUGCACAUGCUGACGCUGACAGCAUGUCCCGUCUACCUUUACCGCAAACUUGGUGCCCUAAAAGUGAAAAUGUAGAAUGUUAUUUCUUUGAAGCUGGUGUUGUUACUAAUGUAACUGCUGAAAUGAUUAAGAAAAAGACACAAGUGGAUCCUGUUCUUUCUUUAGUAUAUAGAUACAUACAAAGUGGUUGGCCCUCUGUAGUUGAUGCUGAUAGAUUCCGUACAAAAACAGAAGUGAUCAACUAA